UCGAUAUUGUUAGCGGCUUAGCGGUGGUGUGCUGUGUUGUGAUCGCCGGUGACUGUAGGAACACACAAAAGAGGCAUGCUCACCCUUCAGUAUCAUCAAAUUUCAGGAGAGGUUUAUAUAUAAAGACGUUGGAUACUUGUUUGGCGAUGGAAGUACGUGAAGAACCACAAGGAAAUGUUCCUUAUGGAAAUUCGAAGUUGGCUGGAACCGUUAACUGGGGUACAGCUAGUGUCGUUGGAGUAUUUGCUGGUAUGCUAUAUGGAGGCAUGAAGGAAGCUUCUGCUUCAGUUAGCAAGGAUGCAGAGGUAACAUUAAAACUAGGGAGCACGUCUGACAAGCGGGAACAAUAUCGAUUAAUGAGAGAUGCAAUGGAGAAAAGGUUCAUCCGAAUUACCCGUGGUUCGAUAGUAGGAGGUGUUCGCCUUGGAAUAUUUACUGCUGCAUUUUAUGGGUUGCAAACUCUUCUUGCUGAGAAAAGAGGAGUUCAUGAUGUCUAUAAUGUUGUCGGAGCUGGAUCUGCCACUGCUGCUACAUUUGGUCUAAUCAUGCCUGGAUCACUUGCAUGGCGUGGAAGGAAUGUGCUUUUGGGUUCAGUACUGGGUGCAACAUUUUGCUUCCCUUUGGGUUGGCUUCAUUUGAAACUAGUGGAGAAAGCGAAUGAAGAGAGCUCUGUUGUUCCUGAAAGCAACAAAGCAAAUCCCAAUGUAGGUGCUGCAAUAGAAAGACUUGGAGGAAAUACAAGUGAAUAAUGUCACAAAUCUGAAACAGUAACAUGAAUAUAAACUGUAAAGUAGGCCUGGUUUUUAUACCGCCAUUAUACGAAAAUGCUAAGGUCAUGAUGUGAUGGAUUAUAGCCUUUUUUGUAAUGAAACUGGUCCUUAUGAGUUGGUGAUCCAAAUUUUGUAAGACAACUUAGAUUAACGUGGCUUUAUUGUCUUAUUCUGUUUUCUUCAAUAGGAAUUGUCUUAUUGAUACCAGAAUGAAGAAAAAUGAAGGAUGUAAUAAGAUCCUAACAAGGAAUGUAGCAAUGUUUCUGAAUCAGAAUAUUUGUUGUUUUUUCUUUGUAAAAUUUUCUAAGACUUCUAAUAUUGACUUUUGUUGCUAUGAUAUUAAUUUAAUGAAACUCAUAUUUGUACCA